AUGGAUGGCAGCCUUCAUAUCCAUCCAUGGCGCGACCCUACUGCUGCAAAAGGUUGGACAUCUGGUCGUAUCGAGAGCACGUACACCUUCACCCCUGCGCCCGGUGUCAAGACCAUUGUCCAAGCUGGCAUAAGUCUCGGUCUUGCCCGUGAAGCGAGGAAGUAUGGCAUCUGGCCUGCCUUUUGGUUGCUCGGUGACAGCCACCGCACUGGUGGUCCUAUAUGGCCUGCCUGUGGUGAGCUCGACAUUAUGGAGCACGUUAAUGGCGAGCAUGAGACUUAUGCCGCAAUUCAUUGUGACAAGUCACCUGGCGGUAUCUGCAAGGAGAAGAAGGGUAUCACCGGGUCGCACUAUCAACCGAAUUCGGCUACGGGCUUAAACACCUACAAAGUCGUCAUCGACCGCACACCAGCCAUGUGGCAGUAUGAGAGUGUAAACUUCUACGUCGGAGAUGAACUCUUUCAUACGAUCACGGGUGGCCAUAUCGGCAACCUGGAAGUGUGGAAGACCAUUGCGCAAAACAAGAUGUUCAUAAUUUUAAACGUCGCUGUUGGUGGUGAUUGGCCGGGACCACCUGUUCCCUCUACUUCAGAGGGCCCUGAGGUUGGUAUGCAAGUCGGAUAUGUUGCCCAUUAUGAGCAAGAGGCAUCAGCAGAGGAUACAGCCCAUGCGUCUUAUAACUAUCCUUACGGUAAUCCUGCAGACGAAAUGGACUACCCCUACGACAAUAUCCCUCAAAGCCCACCGCCACCGGCUCCACCUCUACCUCCCGUUGCCGUGCCUCCUCCGGCUUCUGUCGGUGCACCUCCUCCGCCUCCCGUUGGUCCUCCUGUCGGUGCACCUCCUUAUAGCUACCCCCAUAUCCGUCAAGUCCCGCAUCACCCGCAUCAACGUCCUUACAACUAUUCCAAUCUCCCUCCAGGCCGGCCGCCCUAUUAG